AUGGCUUCCCCCAAACCUUUUCCAGAAAAACAACCCAACGCGCAGCAUGAUGAGGCUGUCACCCCCGAAACACUUGCCUCGGAAGCCAAAGUCGCUGCUGAAGCUGAACACUACAUGACUCUAUGGGAAGCUGUCAAAACUUACCCAAAAGCCAUUGGCUGGUCUGUUCUGCUGUCUACCACUCUUAUCAUGGAAGGCUACGACCUUGCCUUGCUAGGUAAUCUGUACGCUUCACCUGUAUUCAACGAGAAGUUUGGCACGUAUGAUGCCAAAAAGGAGAAGUUCGCUGUUUCAGCUGCUUGGCAAUCUGGAUUGUCAAACGGUGCCCGUGCUGGAGAGAUCAUCGGUCUCAUCCUUGCGGGAUGGGCAUCUGACCGAUAUGGAUACAAGAUGACUACCGUUGGCGCACUUGUUCUGAUGAUUGCAUUCGUCUUUGUUUUAUUCUUCGCCCCAAACAUCAAGAUUCUUGUUCUGGGAGAGGUUCUCUGUGGUAUGUAUCUAUCUGUUGACUACAAGUACACAUUUGCUGAUAUGACAGGUAUUCCAUGGGGCGCGUUCCAGAGCGUGACGCCCGCGUAUGCGUCUGAAGUAGCACCCGUCGUGCUCCGACCGUACCUGACGACAUUCAUCAAUAUGUGUUGGGUCAUUGGACAGUUCUUUGCUGCUGCCGUUAACAAAGGCUCUGUCGGACGAGGGGAUGAGUGGGCCUAUCGCAUCCCGUUUGGAGUGCAAUGGGUAUGGCCUGUUCCAAUCCUUGCAGGUGUCAUUUUUGCUCCCGAGUCCCCGUGGUGGCAUGUCCGCAAAGGCAAUCGUGCCGCUGCAAAGAAGUCUCUUCUCCGACUCACGUCUCCCCAACAACCUAACUUCAACGCCGAUGAAACAAUUGCCAUGAUUGAGCACACAAACGAGAUGGAAAAGAACUUGAAGGAGGGCACCAGCUACCGAGACUGCUUCAAAGGCGUUGACCUCCGACGCACAGAGAUCGUGAUUGGUAUCUGGCUCGUCCAGACUCUUGGCGGUCAAAAUCUCAUGGGAUAUUUCUCAUAUUUCUUGACUCAAGCUGGCAUGGAUGCUAGCAACUCGUUCUCACUCUCCAUGGCACAGUACGCCCUUGGCAUGGUCGGCACAUUUGGCUCUUGGUUCUUAAUGGCCAGGGUUGGUCGAAGGACGAUUCACUUCACUGGUCUAUGCACCCAACUUGUCAUCCUCGUCAUUGUUGGGUCGCUAUCCUUUGCAAACAACAACGGCUCAGUCUGGGCCAUCGGCGCAAUGCUUAUCGUCUUUACAUUUGUAUACGACUUCACCGUUGGGCCAGUCACAUAUUCAUUGAUCUCCGAGCUGUCCUCAACCCGUCUCAAGGCAAAGACAAUUGUUAUGGCUCGCGCUGCUUACAACGCUAGCAACAUAUUUGUCAACGUCAUGACCAACUACCAGUUGUCGUCGAGUGCGUGGAAUUGGGGCGCCUGCACAGCUUAUUUCUGGGCUGGUACCUGUCUACUCUCCGCCAUCUGGGUAUAUUUCAGGCUCCCUGAACCCAGAAACAGGACAUAUGCAGAGUUGGAUGUGCUGUUCCAGAAACGCGUGUCGGCCAGGAAAUUUGCUAAGACAGAUGUUGAUCCGUAUUCCCAUUCGGUUGUUUCUGACAAGAAGCCAACAGCUGAGAAGGAGAUUCAGUAG